AUUAAUUAAUUUCUGACGCACUCCCGAGUACGUGCUUUAUGCACCUUACAUAAUUUAUAAUAAUUGAGGUUAUGUGACUAGAAUCAUGUAACUUAAAAGCGCCUUUAAAAUUCGUCUUAUAUUCCGAAGCCACAUAUUAAAAACUAAAGUACUUCCUUGCAUUCACGCACACGUACAGACAGUUCAAUAACAUUUGUGAGUCAUACGAUUUAGGCUAAUGUACAGUAUUUUCUCCCAAAGCACCCGACAAGAUUUUGUUUUAGUUUUGCUUCUAUGCAUAGUAUUGGCAACUGGUUAAAACCACAUGCAGACACAAGUAUAAUGUGCAUAGAUAUUUAUAAACUUAAAUGUGUCGAUGUAGUCUUAUCACAAAAUCGUCGUUGUGUACAUACGUAUGUAUGUAUGUAUGUAUGCAAACGUCUUCUGUCAUACAAGCAGCCAAAUGAUCUUUGUUGUUAUGUUCGGAGUCAAGUUUUUAAAAGUUUAUACAUAUCCGCACUUGUUUCGACGCACGUGUGCCAGAAAAUAUAUUUCAAUUGCAGUUUAUAUACAUAAAUACAGACAUACGAGCGUACUUCCACACAAAAGCAUCGUACAUUAGGGUGUGUUGAAGCACUUGAAGUAGCAUAUUUACUCAAAGCGUUGUAAUAUGUACUUGAGCAUAUUGAGUUGACGUCCUUAUCGCCAUUAACUAUACAGAACACACAACUAAUGAUACGUAUCUGCUGUUCUGUCGUAAAGCAUGUCCAGUGUUACAGAGCACAGAGGUUCUCUUUUGCAAAUUGGAGCAGAUCGUAGCUCCGCUUUAAUAGCCGAUCGCUCGCUAAAACUCUUCUUUACAAAGCAUCGCCGAAGAAGACACACAAGUGCACACACUCACUCCAGCAUACAAGAGGACGGUCGUAGUGCUGUUUGAGGUGACUUAGAGUGAGCGUUGUACGGAAAAUGUCCUCACGCCGCAGCUCAUUUCGAAAACGACAAAAACCCCCUUUCGAACGAUUCAAAGAUAGAUGUCGACAAUUUACAGCUUUUAUGUUUAGUAAUGUUGGCAUCAUACUUCUUGUAAUAAUCUAUACCAUUGGAGGUGCCUUCAUUUUCCAAGCAAUUGAAUUAUUCGAAUACGAAAGAUUCAACAAACACAAAACUAUAAAACCCAACAUAACAGCGAAAUGCCUGCAGAAGAUCUGGGACAUAACUGUACAGAAUAUAAGUUUCUUUGAUAACAUUUAUUAUAAGGAAAGAGUAAACGAAAUUUUACUGGAAUUUCAACGGGAAGUUGCGCAUGAAAACUUAAUUGAUCCAGAUAUUGACAAACAAUGGAGCUUCUCGGGUGCCUUCCUUUAUUCACUAACGGUUAUAACUACUAUAGGUUAUGGGAAUAUUUCACCAAAAUCAGAUUGGGGCAAAUUAGUGACCAUUUUAUAUGCAAUUAUUGGUAUGCCGCUUUUUCUUUUAUAUUUAUCGAAUAUAGGCGAUGUUCUAGCUAAAUCCUUCAAAUGGAUUUACUCCAAAGUAUGCUUGUGCCGCAUUUGUCCGGGUGUUGCAAGACGAAGAAUCAUACGGGAACGAAGGAAACUGCGGCAAUUGGCUAUGUCUAAAGCGCUGCAAGAUAUGGAAAGUCGUCGGUAUACGAGCAGUAGUAGUGACAGUCGGAGCAGUAACAGUUCCUCGAGCAGUUACUACAGUGAAGAAACUGAAACUUCGACCCAGAGUAUGAGUGCACUGGAAAACUUUGAAGAAGAGAAUGAUUCCGACAUUGAAAGAGAAAUACGAAUGAAUACUGACGAAAUAACUGUACCGCUAAUGGUUUGUGUGGUCAUAAUGAUAAGUUAUAUAUUAGCUGGAGCUAUUUUGUUCAGCCGUUGGGAGGAAUGGGGCUAUUUGGAUGGAAGUUACUUCUGUUUCAUAUCGUUAAGUAGUAUCGGUUUUGGCGACUUAGUGCCCGGCGAACGGGUGAUUACUGCCGAUAAAGACAAAGUGGAGGUUAGUUUUAUACUUUGUGCUGUUUAUCUGUUACUUGGUAUGGCGCUCAUUGCUAUGUGUUUCAAUUUAAUGCAGGAACAAGUCAUUCAUAAUGUGCGCGCCAUAAAGCGGGCCUUUAAGUCCUGCUUUGGUUGCAGAAGAUGACACUACGUAAGACACAUUUAUUAAGUGUACAGUAAAAUAAAUCGUGAUACUAAGUUGCAAAUAUAUCUUCGAAUAAUAUAUGUGGAUAUAUUUUAUUAUACAAUAAAUAUUUAUAACUGGUUUAAGGAAUAAUAAUAUUAAUUUAAAUAGUAAUCCAAAUGUGUUCGCGAACAAAAAGCAAUAAAUAUUUAAAUAAAAAAUAGGUGUUUUUACGGAUAUUAAUAGA